AUAAAAUAAUUGAGACGAACCUUCCUCGUUGCUUGCUUGCAUUCCUCUCUACCAUUUUCCUCCAAUUUCAAUUUUAAUCUUCUCAUCUCUUCUCAUCUUUCUGAAAUGGCCAACCCUGAUGAAGACUGUGCCCUCUACGUGGAGGUGGCGAAGAGGCACUACAGAGGAGUCCGCCAAAGACCGUGGGGCAAGUUCGUCGCCGAGAUCCGGGACCCGAACAAGCGCGGAUCUAGGCUUUGGCUCGGAACAUUCGACACCGCCAUCGAAGCCGCCAAAGUUUACGACCGAGCCGCGUUUACCUUUCGCGGCUUGGAGGCGGUUCUCAACUUCCCGUUUGAAGCCGGUGUCGUUGACCGGAAGCACCGCCCGGAAGAGGAGGCGGAGACAAGAGCUGCAGGGAAGGCGGAACACGGAAUGUUAAUCAAUGAGGGAGAAGUAUUGAUGUAUCACCAUUUCAAUAAUCUAUGCACGAGUGAACAUGGCAGGCUCUUGGUAAAGCAGAGUUUAGUCACAUGUUCUAGUAUUGCGGGGGUAAUAGACAUCAAAACCUGUAAGACGAACUUCAAGGAUUGGUUCAAGCAAAUCUGGAGGGAGCCGCAUAAUCCACGUGAAAAGCAUUUCGAUGAUUUCAGAACUCUUAUGAACUCCCCCGACUUUAGGAUCUUCUGUUACAAUAUCUACCAGUCUUCCAAGCACGUCCCGUUGCUACUGACACCUCGUGUUUCUCAAGAUACCAUCUCUUUAAGAAGCUCUGAUAAGGUGGUCUUUGAGAUGAAUAAGAUGGUUGCAAUCUCUGAAUCAAAGCUUCUUAAAGACGUUAUUGAAUGUCACCCAAAUGAAGAUGAGAUUCCCUUGCCUCGAGUAUCCAGCCUCAUCCUCCCGGAGGUCAUCUCCUUUUGCGAGAAGAAACUCAAAUUCGAUCAGCUUUUUAAGAGCAUUGCGGAGAUUUUGAAGACUGUUUUCAUCCCCUACAAUGCUUGGGUCACACGCUUCGUCAACAAUAAUCAUAGCAUUUUCUCUCACUUGCAUGAUGCUGCGAACUUUCUCAACAUUCCAAGCCUUUUUGAGUUUACAUCACUUUUCACUGGACUGGAAGAUAGAGGUGAAAACGAAAACAAAAUUCAAGAGACAUCGAAGUGGUAUUCAGCAUUAUCCAUGCUUUCAACUAUGGGGAUUGAGAUUGGAGAACCUUCUUAUAUUUCGCUAAAUUUGGGAUAACUCUUGCAUUUCAUUGCAGUUCAUCACCUCUUUCUAGUUAUAUAACAUGAUUGUAUUAGCUUAUUUUUCCUCAAUCAAUGUAGAUACUAAAAAACUUCUUCUCGUAAUUGAUUGGUUAUAGAAUCAAUUGUCAAGAGAAAUCAAUAGAAAAUGGUUUUGUCA